AUGCAAUGCAGAUUAAUUGCACAUCACUUAUACCCUAGGGUCUCCCACGUAACGACGCCAAUUUUCUAUCCCAAUGCUAAACCACAUCUUGGUCACCUUUACUCCAGUUUAUUAAGCGACGUUCACCAUCGAUGGCAACUAUUGAAAGGAAAUGUAUCCUUCUUUACUACAGGUACUGAUGAACAUGGACUGAAGAUCCAAUGUGCUAGUGAAACCAACGGGUUCGAUCAACCUAAAAAGUUCGUUGAUAAGCUAUACCUGGAGUUUGUUCAAUUGGAUAAAAUAUAUGACAUUAACUAUACAAGAUUUAUAAGAACUACGGAUCCUGAUCACAUUGAAAACGUGAGAAAACUGUGGGAACUUUGUUUGAAAAAUGGCUUUAUUUACAUGGGUGAACAUAAGGGUUGGUAUUCGAUUUCUGACGAAACAUUCUAUCCUGAAUCCAAGGUUAUCAAAGACCCUAAAAAUGAUAAUAAGUACUUGAACACUGAAUCGAAUAACGAAGUAGUUUAUCAGUCAGAGACAAAUUAUUUUUUUAAGUUAUCCUUAUUUCACAAGAAAAUAGUUGACCACAUAAGAAAGAAUCCAGAUUUCAUUUUUCCUGCUUCUAAAAGAGAUCAAAUUCUAAAAGAAUUAGAAACAGGCGGAACAUUAACAGAUUUGUCGAUCUCGAGACCCUCUGCGAGACUUAAAUGGGGUAUACCGACUCCUAAUGAUUCGUCGCAAAAAGUUUAUGUGUGGUUUGAUGCCCUAUGUAACUAUCUUUCCUCCAUCGGUGGAAUAUCUUCCAUAUUGAGUGAUGCUACUGAAGUAGUUUCGAAACAUUAUAGCAGUAAAUCAAAUCACAAAACCCAAUUGGUGAUACCAUACCCUAAAGAAGUGCUGCAGAAUACAACUCACGUGAUAGGAAAGGAUAUCGCCAAAUUUCAUACCGUAUAUUGGCCUUCUUUUUUACUGGCAGCUGGAUUGCCUUUACCAAAGCAAAUUGUUGUCCAUGGACACUGGCUCUGCAAUGGGAUGAAGAUGUCAAAGAGUUUGGGUAACGUUGUAGAUCCGAUUGUUAUGGCACGUUAUUAUGGCGCCGAUAUUGUGCGUUGGUUCUUGUUAGAAAAUUCUAAACUGGAAGAGGAUGGCGACUUUCAAGAAGCCAAAUUAUACGAGACAAGAGAACUUUUGGUCUCCAAAUGGGGCAAUCUGAUUAAUAGAUGUUGUGGCUCAAAGUUCAAUAUUGAAAGAGCUGUUAUGAAAUUUUCUAACAAGGUAAACUUGCAAUUUCAGGAGAUCUUCCAAAAUGAACCAAUAGUUUCUCAACAAAUUGAGAAUCUGGUUGAAUUGCUGAACAGAUCACAAGAAAUUUUCGAUGAAAAGAUAGCCAUAUUCCAGUACCCUCAACUGCUAAAGCAUGUUUGGGGUAUAAUCAAUGAUGCGAAUACUUUGGUUCAAAAUAGUAAGCCUUGGGAGAGGGAUAUGGAUCAACAAGAUGCUAUAAUAUUUUUGGCCAUGGAAACGUCCAGAAUUCUCUCCAUUCUAUGCCAAUCUAUUAUCCCAUCUCUCUCACAAAGUUUCCUAGAUCGUCUCGAUGUUUUGAAGGAGAAAAGGACCAUAAACUACGCUAAGUUGGGAUCCGACAAAACGUAUGGAAAGCUAUCUAAUAAGAAAGGCCGAGAAGUACCAUUGAAGAAAAUACCGUUUAGGUUAUUGGAGGAAUAG